AUGGAGCAUGUCAUAGAGGUAAAGAUGCUAAUGAUAGGCAGUCUUACUAGUUUUCUACAUGAUGGUUUUUUUUUCACAUAGGUUGCACAGGUACUCUACUUGUACACCCUAGUCCAUCCUUUCUUACUGUGAAUGCUAUACUAUGCGCUGCUCAAACAAUUUGGCCAUGACCUUAAGAAUAAGAAAUUGAAUAGGUCUCUCCUAUUUAGCUUGGCUGUACACAAUAUGAGAAUGUGGCUGCCAUCUGCAUUGAUAAACUCAAUAUACUCCACGUGAAUUUUGGAAAGCACGCAGUGCCUAAGUUGCAUAUAUUCUCCCUAUGCUUCAAAAGUUGCAGUGAGGCAUGUGCAGUGCAUGGUUUGAAUGCAUAUUAUGAGAGCUUCUGCUGUCAUAUGAACCAGGAUUUGUACAGUAAUUAGGCUUUGCUAACAUUUCAAGCAAGAAAAGGUUUUGAGAAUGUCUCCUCCUUGUGAUCUGGAUGAACCUUCUGCACCCACAAAGCUCGGUUUUCAAAUGCAAGCAGCCCUUAUGCAUGUACGAUGGACGUACUCUAUUUUCUGGCAGAUGUCUCAGGAAGGGUUGCUGGUUUGGAGUAAUGGAUUCUACAAUGGGGAUGUGCAUACAAGGAAAGUGGAUCCCAGGAGGUCACAUGAAGAGGUUUGUGGUGAGAGAAGUGUGCAAUUGAGAGAAUUGUUCAAGUCCUUGUCUGGUAGAGAGAGUAAAAGUGAAGUUGAAAAUGGUUGCACUUCAAUACUGGUUCCAGAGGAUCUUACAGAUGCCGAGUGGUUCUACUUGCUCAGCAUGUCUUACGAGUUCAAGCCUUCCAUGGGAUUACCCGGUUUAGCACUAGAAACACGGAGUCCAGUGUGGUUGAAUAAUCCUAGUGAAGCAGAUAGCAAAAUGUUUAAGCGAAAUCUUCUUGCCAAGAGCUCUGGAAUCAAGACUGUCGUUUGCUUUCCCUUCGCUGACGGCGUACUAGAAUUUGGCAUCACGCAACAGGUACAAGAAGAUCCAGAUCUUACGGAACACAUUUCAAGCUUUUUCAUCGACGUUUUAUAAGGAUUGGAAGGUUACAUAGUCAUAAAUGCCAUUGUCCAUCACUGAUGAAAACUGCUAUAAUAUUUUGUACUGCAAAUGUUCAUAAUUUUUUAUAGGGAAUUUCAAAGUACUCAAUAUGUAAUUAUUAUUGAAGC